CCUCAUCGGAGGCACACAUCAGCUCCCUUUUGUUUUGACGCGCUGUUGGUGGUACAGGGAUACCAAGCAUGAGAUCCCUCAGUUUGUUGCUACUCGGCGCCAGCUGCGCGCUUGUCAUAAGCUUUGCCUUCGCCCAUCCCCCCGAGGGCGUGUGGAAGAAGAAGCUCACCUGGAAGGAGGACUGGGUUCAGGUGUGGAAGACCCACAAGAAGGAGGCAUGGGAAACCAAAUGGAAGAAGGUUUCCGUGCCCAUUUGGAAGGAAGUUAAGGUACCCGUCUGGAAGGAGGAGAAGGUGCCCGACUGGAAGAUCGUGAAGAAGCCGAAGCUGGAGGAGAGGGAAGUCCCCGCCUGGAAGGAGGUCAAGGUGGCCGAUUGGAAGAAGAUUACGAAGCCAAUUUGGGUGCCCACCAAGGUGGCCGUGUGGAAGGAGAUCCAAGUUCCGGUCUGGAAGGAGGUGCAGGUGCCAUUUUGGAAGGAGAUCCAAGUGCCCGUGUGGAAAGAAGUACAGGUGGCAGACUGGAAGCAAAUGUUCGAGCCUCAAUGGGUGAAAAUGGGAAUUCCCGGUGAAAAGUUCCUGGGCAAGGAUCACGAGGGCUGGGAGUACACCAGCCACGAUCUGUGGCGCAAGAAGCUCGUCUGGAAGCCCGUGUGGAAGAAGGUUUGGCGCACCGAGAAGAAGCAGGAGUGGCGCACCGAGAAGAAGGAGGAGUGGCGCACCGAAAAGAAGCAGGAAUGGAAAACCGAGAAGGUCCAGGAGUGGAAACAGGACAAGAAGCUGGAGUGGAAAGAUGAAUGGAUUCAGGUGUGGAAGACAGUGAAGAAACAGAUCUGGAUCAAGGAGAAGCGCGAGACUUGGAUCGAGGAGAAGGUACAGAUCUGGCGCACCGAGAAGCGUCAGGUCUGGGCAACUGAGAAGCGUCAGGCGUGGAAGGACGAAUGGCAGUCGGUGAAUGUGCCCGUCGUCAAGGAGGUGAAAGUGCAGGAGUGGAAAAAGGUGUGGAAGCCCGUCUGGGAAAAGGUCUGGGUGCCAGCCCCCCAUCACGGUCACGGAUGGGACUGAAACAACCUGCGGGAUGGGUCGCUAGCUAUGCGACAGCACUGAUAUCUGAUAACUGAUCCAUAUCGCCCUUCUUCACACUUUGUUCAUCCAUCCAUCCAUGCAUCCCCCCUUCCACAGAACACCAGUGUGUACAAGCGAAAUUGUUGAAAUUGUUAAAUAGAUUUAAACUCGUAAGGCAUUCCCCUACACUCCACCUGCUCACCUGCUCACCUGCUCCAUCUUCAUCUUCAUCAUGUUGUAUAAAACAUUUCAUUAUUUCCAUUUUCAAUAUUCUGUCUUCCAUUCUCGCUCUCUCUCUCUCUCUCUCUUUCUCUCGCUGUAUUUCUUCCUCAAGUGUACAAAUUAGUCAUGCGCGCGAUUUUGUCUUUAAGUUAUACAAAAUAAAAUCAAAAUUCAAUAAAACAACGAAACAAAAUAAUGUAUACGAAUUUGAUAUUUCUCUACUAGUGUGUGUGAAAUCUGGAAACUAUCCACAAAAAGAUUGCCUUGUAAAUAUGUACUUAAACAUAAUUAUAAUUCACUUUAAGCCCACACAAGAAAU